AGUGGAUGAGUUUCAUUUUACAGCGCAACUGUAGGACGGAGAAUCUCAGGACACAAUUUCAACCUAUUUCUCUAACAACUGUUAGUGGGGAAUUGACUACUAUGAACUGAAACUCUUCCUUAAACCAUUAACAAGUACUGUAGAUCCAAGUUAAGUGACGCAUAAGCCAGUAGAGUUGUAAUUUUUUUUGCACCUAAAUGUAGCUAGAGGAAAUGGCUGUGGAAAGCAUGACUGUCCAUCCAAACUCCCCAACAACAACCAACCACGAACACAGUCUUCUCACUGACGAAAGACGUGAGGAUGGUGAGCUGGAAGAGGGGGAGCUGGAGGAUGAUGGUGGAGAGGUGGAGGUGGCAGAGGAGCCCAGCACCGGGGGAGGAGGAGAAGAUGGAGGUGAAGGUGAAGAAGCAACAGCAGCAGAGGCGGCCCCCCCAGAGAAAAUUCACCGUAGCAAAGAGCGCCACGCCAGCGGCGACGAGAAGGACGACGAGAAGGCCCGCCGCCACAAGAGGAAGAGGAAAAAAGAGAGGGAGCGGGAGAAGGAGAAGAGGAGAGCCAAGAAGAGACGCAAAUCCAAGCACAAACGUCAUGCCUCCUCCAGUGAUGACCACUCAGACUUUAGCGACGACUCUGACUACAGCCCAAGUGAGAAGAGGAAGUAUCGGGACUAUAGCCCUACGUACCCCCCUUCUUCCCUUGGAGGUUACCCACCAGCCCCGUCCUCUGGCCACGGGGGCCCCAUGCCUAAGAAGGGCAGCUACGUAAAGAUGGACAAGCAAAGCUACGGGGGCUACGGCGAUUAUGAAGAAGAGAACUACGAGGGAGAGGAGGAUGAGGAGAUGGGCGAUGAAGACUACGAUGACUUCACCAAGGAGCUCAACCAGUAUCGCAAGGCCAAGGAGGGAGGCAGCGGCGAUGGAGGUGGAAGGGGCAACUGUCGCGGGGGCAGAGGUAGAAAAAAUGGGGUCAGAGGAGGGCGUGGAGGUAGAGGAAGAGGAGGGAGCAGGGGUCGGGGACGAGGGGGCAAGAUGGGCGGAGACAAUGAGGACGGAGAAGGGAUGAUGUAUGGAGGAGGAGGAGGAGGAGACGAGAUGGAGUAUGGAGAUGAUGACUAUGACCAUAUGGGUGAAGAUGACUAUGAUGAAUACUCUCAGUACAGGAAGUCCAAAGACCGUGGAAGGGGUGGGCGGGGGCGGGGCCGGGGGAAACAGGGGCGUGGUAUGAACCGGGGAGGCCGAGGGAGGAACCGGGGGAGAGGCCGAGGGGGCGGAGACCAGGGUCACGAUGAGGACAACAAUGGAGACAAUGGGGACAUGGGGGAUGGAGGAGGAGGCCAGCACAACAAGCACCAGGGGGACAAGCACCAAGACAAGAAAGGGAAAGCCAUCUGCAAGUACUACAUGGAGGGCCGCUGUACUUGGGGGGAACACUGCAACUUCAGCCACGACAUUGAGCUGCCCAAGAAGAAAGAACUCUGCAAGUUCUACAUCACCGGGUUCUGCGCGCGGGCUGAAAACUGCCCCUACAUGCAUGGUGAUUUCCCCUGCAAGCUGUUCCACACCACCGGGAGCUGUGUGAAUGGAGACGAAUGCAUGUUCUCCCACGAGCCUCUCACCGACGACACCCAAGACCUGCUAAACAAGAUGCUGGCGGAGGAUGCCGAGGCUGGAGCUGAGGAUGAGAAGGAGGUGGAGGAGCUAAAGAAGCAGGGGAUCAACCCCCUUCCCAAGCCUCCUCCUGGGGUGGGCCUGCUCCCGACACCGCCCAGACCAGGGCCACCCGACAACUCUGGCCCUGGGGACUUUGGAUCUCCUGGACCACCACAGGGCCCCAUGUCCCCCAACGGCCUCCCCGGCCCAGGGCCUAACCAAGGGCCCGGUCCCUGUCCUGGUCCCAUUCCCGCCUACCCAGACAGUUGCCCCUACCAGGGACCUCCCAACCCCAAUGGUCCCGCACCCCCAUCCAUGGGCCCCCCACCCCCCUGUCCUGGCAAUGGAGGGAAGAAGAUCCCCUCGUUGUUUGAGAUCAAGGUGCAGCCCACGGGACAGCUAGCUCAGAAACUAGCUAAUCACAGAGGUCAGACCCCAGGAACUGCCACAGGCCAAGCUGGCGCCACUGGCCCCCAAGGGCACCCCGGUGGGCCUGGUGGGCCUCCGCCUCGGUUCCCUCCACCUGGCAUGAUGCCCCCAGACAUGUCCAUGGGUCCUCCCCCACCCAUGGGCCCUGGAGGACCCCCCAUGAUGCCAGGCUUUGGCCCAGAAGGGGGGCCUAUGAUGCCCCCCGGACCUCCUCCAGGGGGUAACUUCUUUGAUAACUUCUUCAACCAGCAGCAAGACAUGAAUAUGGACGGGGUGGUGGAGGAAGGUGAUCACUUCCAGGGCUUUGGAGGGAUGGACGUGAAAGAAGCAAGAGGAUCGGGAGGAAACCAGAGCUCCGUGGGAGGCACCGACGUCCCCGCAAACGGAGGCUCGGCCAAUCAGCAGGCGGGGAUGGGAGUGCCUGACUUUCUGCCGCCGGCCCAACGCAUGCUGUUCAUGAGAAUUCAGCAGAAACAGCAGGAGGACGAGGAGAGGGCCAGACUUGCCAAGGGGGUAGGAGAGAGGGACGCGGAAGGUGACUCAGCUAACUGGUACUCCAGUGAGGAUGAGGAUGGAGGCGGCAGUGUCACAUCCAUCCUGAAGACGCUCCGCCAGCAGAGCCAGGGGCCCCCCAAACCUGAGGGUCCUCCCAGCGACCCCCGCCUCCAGAAAGGCUCCCCAGCGCACCCCUCCAUCCGACCGGCGGACUCCCGUCAGGGGGACCCCCGGCUGGCUCGCGACCCCCGCCUCUCCCGGGCCACAGACUCUGCCCAGGCGUUGGACUCUCCCAACCCCUCCUUGGCCACCAUCACCCCUGCAGACCCCCGCCUGGCACGGCUCGCUACCGCCACCCUCACCCCCAAACCAGACGCCCCCCUGGUGUACAAGCCCCCGCCCCUCACGGCUCCCCCUGCAGAGGAGGAGGAGACGGAGAGGGUUCUGAGGGAUAAGCCUGUGCCCAUCCCCCUGGACCCCCUUAUGGGCAUGGCCCUGAGGGACCCACGCUCCCAGCUGAGGCAGUUCAGCCACAUCAAGAAGGACAUUCUCCUGCACAUGCCCCCCUACGCUAAGACAGUGACAUGGAACCCCGAGGACCUCAUCCCUAUCCCAAUCCCUAAACAGGACCUCCUCCCCCUUCCCCCAGGCAUCCCCCCUGUCUCAGCCUUGGACCCCCGCCUCUCACGCAGCCAGCAGCGAAUCCAUACGGCCCUCCCCCCUACCCCACCCAUCCCCCCUCCCUCCUUAGAACCCCCAGCCCCCUCCUCCUCCCUCCCAGACUUUGAACUGCUCUCUCGCAUCCUCAAGACUGUUAACGCCUCAUCCGGCCCCUCCCAGUCAUCCCCUUCUCUCCCCCUUGUCCCUCCACCGGCCUUGUUGCCGGCGCCUCCUGCUUUGUUUCCCACCCCUGUCGACAAGCCCGUCGAUCCUCGAAUGUCCCGCAAAGCCCCCGCUGACCCCCGGCUCCAGCCGCAGAAAUCUGUCCUGAAGCAGCCUUCAGAGUCCCCUGUCCCCCCUCUGACGGUCACCCCGGCAGCCCCUCCACCCACCUCCGGCUCCUCCUCCCCCACCAUCGCCCCCUACGACCCUCGGCUACUGUCUGCAGGUGGAGUGGGUCGUGGAGGGGGAGCGGGUGUAGCUGGUGGCAGCAGUGUGCUGAGUGGUAUCAGUCUUUAUGAUCCCCGGACUCCUGGUGCAGGUAAACUUGAGGGCCCUGGUGCUGCCACAAACACUACCCCCAGCAGCGGCCCCACAGAGCCCAAACCCAGUGAGGCGGCACCAGCCAAGCCCAAGGCCAAGGAGCCCCUGUUUGUCCGUAAGUCUGCCCUGGACCAGCCGGAGCCAGAGAAGAGCAGCGAGCAGUCCACUGACCGAUACAACAGCUAUAACCGGCCCAGGCCCAAGCCUGCACCCUCGCCUUCCACCGGGCCCCCCGGAGGUCCUGCUGCCUCUGUCUCCUCCACGGCCGGACAGGGCCCCCCUGGUGGUGCUGAGCAGGCCCCGGCGGGCGUCCACAACCUGCCUGUGUCCUCGCUCUUCAGCAUGGUGAAACAGGCCAGCAAGCCCAGCGGGUCCGGCAGCCCUUUUGGUGGGAACAGCCCUGCCCAGCCUGGCGACACCACCACCACCACGGAGCAGGACAAUGCUUCUCUGAAGGAGGUUUUCAAAGGCUUUGACCCCACGGCAUCACCGUUCUGCCAGUGAUAUCUGAGCCUAUCCUGGUCGAACAUUGUUUUAGAGACGAACACUGAACGCAUCAGCAAGGAGCGCACUGAGGCAGAAGUUGGACUGGCCACAGACUGUGAACGUUUGAACAUGUUGCUCAGGCGUCACACCUGCAGUGUUUGCUAAUGAGAUUCUAUAACAGACUUUGGG